AUGUCAGCGAUCGAUAUCAUAGCUGGCCACAACUACCCAGUGGAGACGCAUACAGUUACCACUAAUGAUGGCUAUAUACUGUCGAACUUCCGCAUCCCGUCAUCCGAGCGUUGUACAAAUAACGAGAGAAAACCGAUCGUCUUAAUUAAUCACGGCAUGACCGGCUCCGCGGACACGGCUCUGCUGAAUGGACCCAAUGACGGUCUGCCUUAUAUGUUGGCCGACGCCUGCUACGACGUGUGGCUGAGCAAUUGUCGCGGAACCCGGUACUCCAGAAAGCACGUCAAUCUUAGGGCCUCGCUAUUUAAAUUCUGGUACUUUAGCUGGCAUGAAAUUGGAAUGGAGGACCUACCUGCCCUGAUCGACCAUAUUCUGUCAACCACAAAACAGAAGGCUUUACAUUUUGUGGGCCACUCGCAGGGCACCACAUCCCUAAUGGUGAUGCUCAGCAUGAGACCAGAGUACAACGAGAAUAUAAAAACUGCCAACCUGCUGGCCCCUCCGAUCUUCAUGAAAAAUUCCCUUUCAUUGGGGCAUAAACUUUUAAAGCCAGUAUUGUCGAUUUUGCCCGACUGUGAGUUAGGGCCCCAUCACAAGGUGCUUAAUACAGUGAUAUCUUCCAUGUGCCAAGUAUUCGGCAUUAAGGAGCUUUGCACCGCGUUGUAUCUGUACUCCAGCGGACGUGUGUCCCAACAUAUGAAUAGAUCCAUCAUUCCAUUGUUACUUGCCACUCAUCCGGCUGGAAUUUCAACUAGGCAGCCAAAACAUUACUUUCAGCUCAAGGACUCCGGCCGUUUUCGGCAAUAUGACUUCGGACGCGCAAAGAAUUGGUUAACCUACAACCGAUUUUCGCCCCCGGACUAUCCGUUAGAAAAUGUCAGAACGCUCUCACCGAUCCACUUGUACUACAGUGACGAUGAUGGUACCAUCGCACCAGCUGACGUCUCAACUCUGGCCAGCGAGUUGCCCAAUUCUGUGGUGCAUCAUAUCAUGGAGCGCACUUGGGACCAUAUGGAUUUUAUUUUAGCUAGUAGCGUAAAAUCUAUGAUUAAUGAACCGGUUAUGAAAGUUAUCAGUGAUUUUGAGCAACAAAGCAGGAUUGAAAGAAGAGGAAAAUGA